AGGAUUUUAUCAACGGGAUGGAAGUUUCCUCUCUUUUGGACUGCAUUCGUCUGACAGUAGGACCUUUGCAUGCUCUUGCUGCUGCAACACGUCCUGCAUGGGCUGAUCUGAUUUCUAUAGUUUCUGGUGCGGCUUCAUCUGUCCCGACACUAUCAAGAGAAAAUGUUAAUGGGCAGAUGCCAAAUGGUGCAAACCCAAAAGUUGGUCAUGUCUCUGGUCCCGAUACGGGUCCUGGUGGAAACCCUAGUGCAUCUGCCAUGUUAACUGCUGCUACUGUGGCUAGCCGAGGUGGCCUGGGAAUCGUUCCUUGUUCUCUGUUAGCGAUUGAUGUGUUGUUUGUUCUUCGUGGCCCGUAUUGGAUUCGGAUAAUAUACCGGAAAUAUUUUGCGGUUAACAUGAGGUGCUUUGCGGGUGAUCAAGUUUGGUUGCAACCUGCAACACCACCGAAAGGCGGUCCUACAGUUGGAGGUUCGUUACCCUGUCCACAGUUUCGGCCCUUCAUCAUGGAACAUGUUGCUCAGGAGUUGAACGGUUUAGACCCGAAUUUUGCUGGUGGUCAACCAUCAGCCGGACCAACUAAUUCCAAUAAUUCGGCUGCGUCUCAUGGCCCGCAACUCUCAGCCACAAAUGGCACCCGAGCGGGCCCUACAGUAAUGUCUCGCCCAGGAAACCAACCCGUGGGAUUUAACCGUUCUACAAAUGUCAUGUCAGCAUCACCAAAUUCACUCUUAGUGCGCAGAGCUACUGUGGCAGUUCCUGAUCAUGUUAGAGGAGAGCUGAAUACCGCCAUUAUCGGGCUUGGGGACGAUGGUGGUUACGGUGGUGGUUGGUCCAUCUACUGAUAAUACAUUUGACAGUCACAAUACACCUACAAAUACAGAACAUCAAGAGUUGCAAUUCAUUCGAUUUGUGACUAAAGGAACAAUUACGACUUCUACACCUAAUGGCACACCAUAUUUGAUACCCGAUGUUGAUGCUGAAUACAUCCCUAUUAUAAA